AUGCCCGGUGCCACGAUGCCCGGCGCGGCGUCUGGGACCAUGAGCACCACCUACACCUACACCAGCCGCCCGCGGGCGCCGCCCUGCCGCCUGCGCUACAGCAUGUCGCAGCCGCCUGACGAGCCGCUGCCAUUCGGGAACAUCAUGUAUGACAGAAGGGUGGUCCGCGGCAACACCUACGCUCUGCAGCGCGGGCACGCCAUCGACGAGCAUGCUCAGAAGCUGCAGGAGACCAAGAAGAGGGUGGCGGCCAAAAGACGCGCCCAGGAGCAGCUCCGGCCGCACACGCCCGAGCCCGUGGAGGGCAGGAAGCACGUGGACGUGCAGACAGAAUUAUACCUUGAAGAAAUUGCUGAUCGCAUAAUAGAAGCUGAUAUGGAAUGCCAGACAGAUGCGUUUUUGGACAAACCACCAACACCACUUUUUAUUCCUGCCAAAACUGGCCAAGAUGUGGCCACCCAAAUUGAAGAAGGAGAGCUCUUUGACUUUGACCUGGAAGUGAAGCCAAUGCUGGAAGUGCUGGUGGGAAAGACCAUUGAGCAGGCCCUGCUGGAGGUGAUGGAGGAGGAGGAGCUGGCCGACCUGCGGGCCACUCAGCACGAGUAUGAGGAGCUGCGCAACGUGGAGCUGGCGGAGGUCCAGAGGCUGGAAGAGCAGGAGCGGCGGCACCGAGAGGAAAAGGAGCGCCGGAAGCAGCAGCAGUGGGAGGUGAUGCAGAAGCAUCAGGAGACGGCGCAGAAGAUCGCCGCCCGCGCCUUCUCGCAGCGCUACCUGUCCGACCUGCUGCCCUCCGUGUUCGGCAGCCUCAAGGACGGGGGCUACUUCUUCGACCCCGUGGAGAGAGAUAUUGAGCUCGGAUUCCUUCCAUGGCUAAUGAACGAAGUUGACAAAACCAUAGAGCACAGCAUGGUGGGAAGGACAGUGCUUGACAUGUUGAUCCGUGAGGUGGUGGAGAGGAGGCUGGCCACGUAUGAGCGAAAGGAGGACAAGCACCCCUUUCUGAGUCCCGAGGAGGUGCCUGGUAUUCCUGGACCCCUGAGAGACCCCACGAUGGGUUAUGGUUUCCAGGAGCAGAGGCCGCUCCCCAGCGCAGAUGUCCCGUAUGAUAAGCUAAUGGAGGAAGAAGAGGAGGAGGAAGAUCCGAUAGGACUGAGGAGGUCCUUGGGGAGGGGAGAACAGUUACAAGACAGGGAAUCCUGGGAGGGGUGA